AUGAAAGCAAUUGAAUUUUUCUUCAAAAGUGCCCACGCAAACGACGCUAAACCUUAUUUAGUCUUAAUAAAUCCUAAAAGUGGAUCAGGGAAUGCUCUAAAUGGUUUUAACUUCAAAAUUUCCCCCAUUUGGAAACAAAUGAAUGUUCCAUAUGAAUUAUUUUGUACAGAAUAUCCGGGCCAUGCAGAAAAUUUUAUCAGAAAUUUACCAAAGCUAGUCUUUUACGAUACAAUACCUGUUGGGAUUCUACCAGGAGGUAGUGCUAAUUCAACUGCUGCUUCAAUUUGUUAUCAUUCUGGUUUACUGGGCAAAUCAUCACUUUUAUCACACUGUGGCUUUCUGUUAACAUUACCAAUUGAAAAUUUACAAAAUAGUCAAUCUAAACAAGUUAAUGAGCAAAGUGAAAAUUACAAUUUUACUUUACCACUUUUACCGUGUAUCAGUCCGAUGAGUGGUAUACACUUUGGAACAUGUGACAGAAAUUUUCAUCGAUACGGUAUUCAAAGCAUUGAAUGGGGUUUCGUCGCUGAUUUGGACUACAAAAGUGAACGAUUUCGUUGGAUGGGUGAAAAAAGAUUUCUACUUUAUGCAUGUUACUACCUUAUGAAGAAACCAACAUAUCGUGCUAAAUUAUCAUACUUACCGUUUGAUAAUGUGCUUUAUCAAAAAAAACAAGUAUAAAAAUGAUGAACUGGUUCAAAAAUCUUCUGUACCAUCAACGGCAUGUGGAAAUUCAAGUGAUUUUACAGAUAAAUUAAACGUAUCUCCUACACAGAUCAAAAAGUCGUGUCAAUCCUGGUCGUAAGUGUGCUUUUACAUUAUAGUACAUUAUUUAUUCGCAGUGUCUUUUUAUUUUUUGUAACUGUGUAAGUUACUUCGUUGCCUUAUUGUAGUUAAGAGUGGGAAUACUAUCUAUCUGGGAAUAUAGGAAAAUAAUGAAGAUGGAAUUCACAAUUUAAAGAUGUUUUAUGGAUUAUGUUUGGCACCUAAUGGCUCCACUUAGAUCAAUUUGUACUUUAGUAAAAGAACUGUGUUUAUUUGAUGAAUGUUGCAGAUGCAUAUUUCUCACUGAUAUGCCGCAGUGGAAGUGUAAACCCUAAGAUUUCUACCAGAAACUAACCAACCUAUUUCCAAUCACAAGAUAAAUGGGUCACUUUAGACAAAA